ACGGCACUGGAUGGGGCUCCCGUGUGUUCCCACUGCCUGACGGAUGUGAGUGAGUUCAUUGCGUUCCCGGAGCGGCCACGGUCGGAUGUGAGCAUUGCUCCAGCAAGUCAACACCUCAAGUAAUCGGACAAAAAGCCAUGACUUAACGGAGGAAAUAUGAGUAUCCAGACGGAGGACAGUAUUAGCCUGUGCAAAAAGGCUCUUCAAAUAGUGACAGAACUCUGUCUUGGAGGGCAUGUAGAUCGCCAGAGAUGCUCCGACAUCUUCCCCCUGGAGAGCUCCAUACCAGGUAAAGGCGGCGCAGACAUCUCUGUCAGUCUCCUUGCCGUGGUCGUCAGUUUCUGUGGUCUUGCCCUGUUGGUAGUCUCUCUCUUUGUGUUCUGGAAGCUGUGUUGGCCAGUUUGGAGGAACAAAGCUCUCACAUCUCAUGCCAAUAACGCUCCUCAGAGUGUCCCCGGCCCGCCGCCCGAGGCCACACAGCAGGAGGAUAAAAAGGCUCCCGAGGUCAAGGUAAACGGAAGGAACUCGGAGCGCCUCCAAGAGGCCGCCAUGAAGAUCAGCCAGACCUCGCCCGACAUCCCGGCGGAAGUCCAGACGGCUCUGAAGGAGCACCUCAUUAAGCACGCCAAAGUCCAGAGGCAGACCACUGAGCCCACGUCCUCUUCCAGACACAACUCCUUCCGCCGCCACCUGCCCCGACAGAUGCACGUGUCCAGCGUGGACUUCAGCAUGGACAGCCUCCCCGUGCGGCAGCCGUCCACCAACCUGGGCCGCAUCAAACCCGAGCUCUACAAGCAGAAGUCGGUCGACUCGGAGGACGAUGGCAAAGAGCCGGUGCCGACGUGCGGCAAGCUGAGCUUCUCGUUGCAGUACGACUACGAGAACCAGAGCCUGGUGGUGAAAAUCCUCAAGGCCCUGGACCUGCCGGCCAAAGACUUCACGGGUACCUCGGACCCCUACGUCAAGAUAUACCUGCUGCCAGAGAGGAAGAAGAAGUUUCAGACGCGGGUGCACAGGAAGACGCUCAACCCCGCGUUCGAUGAGACCUUCCAGUUUCCGGUGGAGUAUGACCAACUGUGCAACCGCAAGCUGCACUUCAGCGUGUAUGAUUUCGACCGCUUCACCAGUCAUGACAUGAUCGGGGAGGUGCUGGUGGACAACCUCUUUGAACUGUCGGACCUCUCCAGGGAAGCAAUCGUGUGGAAGGACAUCCACUGCGCAACAACGGAGAGCGUGGACUUGGGAGAGAUCAUGUACUCACUCUGCUACCUGCCCACGGCCGGAAGAAUGACUCUGACCGUCAUAAAGUGCCGGAACCUCAAAGCCAUGGACAUCAUGGGCUCCUCUGACCCUUAUGUCAAAGUGUCACUGCUCUGUGAGGGCCGGAGGCUGAAGAAGCGCAAGACGACAACGAAGAAGGGCACGCUUAACCCGACCUACAACGAGGCCAUCGUCUUCGACAUCCCGCCAGAGAACGUGGAGCAGGUCAGCCUGUCCAUCACGGUGAUGGACUAUGACCGAGUCGGGCACAAUGAGGUGAUUGGGGUGUGUCGGGCUGGACCAGACGCAGAGGGCCUGGGGCGAGACCAUUGGAAUGAAAUGCUGGCCUAUCCUCGCAAGCCAAUCACGCACUGGCAUGCCUUGUGUGAGUGGCCAGGAAGGGCAAGCAGCUUUGAGAGUCAAGGCUCCUGUCCAUCACCCAAGCCCCCCCAGACCCCUUAGGACAGCCACAGUGCGACGUCAGCCAAGAUUCCCAAGAUCUCUAACAACAAAUUUUAUUUUUCUGUUCAAGGUAUUAAAAUUCAAGUCCUUGAUAUUAUUUUGUAGUAUGACUGUCCUGUGUCCUGCACUUUCAGAAUGGUUGUUUGAAUGUUCCAUAUUUCCUCUUUGUCUAACCAUGGCACACCUCACAGCCUCUGAGAACAGAGCUAGACCAGGAAUGUUGACAAAAGAAGUCCCUCAAAGACCAUGUUUGAUUUUUUUUUAUAUUGUUUAUUUGCUGAAAGAAGCAUUUGAAGUAGUGUAGGUGUUCACCUCUAGUAUUUUCUCUACAAAAAAAGUGAAAUUUGGUACUAUCUUUCUAUGAAGUAAGUUAUGCUUGUUAAUAAUAGAUAUUAAUCUUUAAAUUUUAAAAUAAAUUUAAAAAAAUCUGAGUUGGUUUUUAAGUGAUUCCAGUAAUUCCUGUGGUUGAUAUCAAAGUGAGAUUUGGUCUUUGUGCCUCAGUUGUUUAUGGAUAUUAACUUCCAUACAUGCCACACAAAGUGUUACACGUAUCAUUGGUCUGAGAAAACCCUUCAAGUUGCUGUACGAAACUUAAAAGGGGUUUUAAACGCUGGUGAACAUUUAGAAAUAAGUAUGUACUAGAACUGAUGUAGCAUUUGACGUGCACUGCAGCUAUCUGCACUGAGCCAGUGUCCUUUACAUCUUUGUUCUGUGCACAGGUAACGUCAUCACACAGAGUAUAGGAGGACGCAUUCGCCAUAUGAAUUUUGUGUAAAGAACAUGAAGCAUUCGCUAGCAGGAAUGCAGCACACUCAAAGAAGAAUCUAAGGAAUACCAUGGCAGCUGGUUUAAGCUUAUUUAAAGUGCGGUGUUUAUGCAUUUGCUAUAAAAUUGCUUCAUAAAAGUUGCAUUUUUCCAUCAGUUCAUUAAGAUGCUUAAUGCUCAGCUUUCAUCAGAGAGGGGAUUCAUUCACGCAUAACAGUAUAUUUAAUGUGACAGCUCUUUAAAAUGCCCACAGCACUAUCAGGCAGAACCAAAAAGCUGGGAUCUUUCCCAUGCAUGUGGUGCGAGUGUCUGCGUAGGAAGGGUUUGGUCUGGUGAGCAUAGUAACUCUUAUUUACUUAAGCUGAAAGGUGUAUUUUCUGAAUGGCAUCCACAACUUACCAGUAAUGUUUGAAUUCACUUGAUAUACAAUGAAAAUUGACAAUGAUGAAAACCAAUAUGAUUUAAUAUGUGGGGAGGACAGUUGUUGCUGCGGUGUGUAUCUUUUUGUGUAAUAUUAUACAGAUCAUCAAAAUAGUGUAUUUUGAUUGCCCGCAUUACACUGCAAGAUAACACCUACCACAUCUGUGGGCACGGGUUCAUUUGAGCUGUCGGGCAGUGUGUGCUUGUGUGUCUGUGUGUGUGUGUGUGUGUUUGCAGCUUAAAAGGCUCGGUACAGUGAAGGAUCAGUAGCCAAAUGAUGUAGCCGACGUAUCUGAAGACGGACUGGUAGAUUGCACUUAAAAAUGAAUUAACAUCAGGGUUAUCUUGAGCGAUAUGAAUUCCCUUUUCUAAUUCUCAGACAAAAAGCCUUGGAUAUGCAGGUUUCUGCGAAUUUGUAUGGCGUUUUAUCGGCUCCAGACGUAUCGGUGUUUUAUAUAUUUGACCAUUAACAGGGUUCUGGUCUCACACUUUUCCAUGCAGAUCUCUGAUCCAGUACAAUCCAGCUUUCAAAAGCAUGUAGCAUGUCAAAUAAGCAAAGUUACCUGGGUAAAUGUUACUGACCGUUGAUUUUGGGUGGAUCUGAUACCGAAAUGUGUUUUGUCACAUUAACUUAUGUGUAAACACCAGAAGGUGUAUGUAUAUAUGCACUGUUUAUUUUUAAGGCUGUAUUUAAAUUUCAUUGUGUUUAUUGUGAAUUAUGAAUAUGUAUUAAUAAUGCUGUAUUUUUUGAGGGUUUGUUUGGUAGCAACGGGCAAUUUUGCCUUGUGUUUCUGAUAAUUUGUAUACAAACUUGACGUGCUCGUAAACAGAGAAUUGGUAUGACUGUAUCAUUCUUCCCCUGUGUAAGUGUUUCUGUCACUUACGCUUCUGUGUUUUGUCCAGCGUUCAUAUAUAUUGGCACUAACGGCAGCAGUCGCUACAAAAAAUCUUCAGUGUACAGUUUGUGAUAACUUUUGUACAGACUCUGCGUUUCUUAUGUAUUUUAAAUUAAAGAAUAUGGAAUUCA